UUCAUGAAACGAACAAUUUAUAGAUACCCUGGAUUUCAAAUUGUAGCGUAAAGGACAAUCAGCAUCAUUCUUUACGAAAGAGCUUAUAACCCUGAAGGAGUAGGUGUGAAUGCUACGCAAGUUUGAAUGCGAUGUAAUUAAUAUUUUUAUUUUUUUUUUACCAACUAUUGAUCAGUCAAAUUGCAAUACAAUUAUAACCCUGUCAAACAACGUAAUGGGAUUAUAAAGUUGUAUUUCAAAUUGAUUUUUCGUCUCGAUGAGGAAAUAUGAAUAAAAAACCUUUCAGCCAAAUAAGAAAUGUCUCAAAUGAAUAAACACCCACUGCAGUAAUGAUUUGGCUGAAUGUAAACAAUUCUAGACAUAUUUGAAAAGAAUGGUAGGAAGGUCGCAUUUUGACAUCUUCCCAUCUCCAACCACGAAGAACAUUUUCUUUCGCUAAAAACUACGGUAUUAACUUUUUCAAAUUUUUCUAACCGAUUUAUUGACUUGUUCCAAAUGUUCAAAAACACAAAACCGAUAUUGCUGCGUCUUGUCUGUGUCAUAUUUAGUAUGCCAAGAGACAUACAUAGCAUACAUGUCUCAGGUAUGUCCUGAUAUCCACAUGCACAGCAAGACCGGCUUUAGAAUGAGUAGGUCUAUUUGAGAGUUCGAGUAGUUCUGUUUGAAAUAAUUCUUUGAAUAGCGGCCUGUCGUCCUUCUUGCGGAAAGUCGUUGAUUCCCCCACACAGUGCUUAAUCGGCGCUUAGAAGCUUUUUCUUUCUACCAAUUCGGUGCGAUAUAUUGGUCCUAAACAUCAAAUAUCGGGCAACAGGAGGGAAUAUUUUGACGAGAUAAAACACUGCUUGAUCCCUCCUUGACAAAAGAGGUCUCACGAGAAGACAAUGUUAUCUACAAGAGGCGCGUGACUAUGCCUAUUGUGGCCACAUAUGUUUUCCUAAUCCAGCUUUAAUUCCGUAUAUGUAUUUGAGAUUCGCCACUACGAUAGAGGCGCCUUUUAAUACAAUCAACAAAAACCUGCAUUUAAAUCUUUGAAAACCGUUCGUGUACGACAAACCCUAGUAAUUAAAUUAACGGGAUAUAUUCAAUCCGUACACUCCAUGGAUUGUAAUGUUGGGAUUUGUGUAACCUCUCGUGAGAUUUAACAAGAUAUAUUUUGAAUAUAUCUCUGUACACCAAGAAGUCUAGUGUUUCAAAUAUCAUCUCCGACGUGAGGUCUAGGAAUGAUAGAACGAUGAUUUGAUGUAGGGAUUUAUUUUACAAUCCGGUGGAAGUACCCCAAAGUAAGAGAUGUUACGAGUGUGUACUCCGGUCACCGUACACAGUCAGUGUCAAGGACGCAUGCGCAGUCCUAUACGUUCGGGUGUAGUCAAUGAUCUCCGGCAGCACAUCAUUGAAUUGGUAAAAGAACAGACAGAAGAAAACCUCGAUAUGAAUAUAGAAGAAUCCGCUAUCAUUUAUCAAAUAAAAAAGAAAGGAGGAGUUGCUCCCAUUGAGCCGAUAAAGACAAAGGAAGACAAACAAAACGAUAAAGUGAAAAGAAUUCAUUUGAAAAUGUUAAAAGAGUCACGUGGUAGAGGAGCACAUCAAUUUCCAGCGCUGGAUAUAGGGGAUAUUUCUCACAGGGAUGACGUCAUGCCACAGAGUGACCCAAGGACAGCUAGUGCUAAAACAGUCAGGUUCAGGAUGGAGGACACAAACGGUUACGUACCAGGAAACCAAAACCCCGGAUACGAAGUGCGUGGUAAUGCCAUUAAAUCUUCCUCCGGACUUCAUAAAUCUGUUCCAUUAAUAUUACGCAGAACUGAGGCAGCUCAAAGACAAGCUCAAAUUCACACUUCAUUACAAUUGUUUAAAAGACGUUUGAAAAUGAACAGCCAAAACAAUUAUUUAGCGCCAAACAGUACUGUUCGUGAAUCAGACUACAUCAUCCGGCGUGUGCCGCUUCAGCUGGAUGUUCAUGGUCGACCAAAUAUCACUCAUGGUGUUCCUUUAGCGCCAAGAAUAUCUGUAUCCUCCAAACUGCACGCCCGUCCGAGAACACCUAACUCUGUUCAGCAACGAGCGGUUUCCCCACGACCCCCGACAUCCUCCAACACAAGACCCUUAAGUGGAGGUCACAAGUCAUCAGCCUCCAUUGAAGAAAAGAAGGUCAGGUUUUCAUAUCGACUUCCGGAUAACAUAGGUAAAGAGUUGUUUCGAGAGGACUCCGAAAUCAUUCCUAGUGUCAAUACAUACGUUGUCGAACAAACUCAAGCAAAAUUCGGUGGAAAGUACAAAACGCAAGCAAUGUUGAACGAGCACAACCUAGGCGUCCACGAUGCACUGCACUCUGGUGACAAAGAGAGGGUCACGGUACGCGAGGAUUCUAAAGUCGACACUCGAAUCAUUCGAUGGGUCGAGGAAUCUACAAACAUAAACUUUACAAAAAGAAUCAAUCGAAUUCGAUCAGCUUCUACGGAACGCUUUUAUCGAUCUGAAUCGACUGAACGUUUAAAAACAGGAUCUGCUGACUCUAGACGAAGUCGAAAAUUUCUGGAAGACCCGACAAUUAAUAAUAAUAUAAUCAACAACGAAUCAAAAGUCAAAACCACAGAAUAACAUGUGUUUUAAACAGAUCAUCAGAACAAAAGUGGUGCUUUUCAUGAAAAAAAAAAUUUAACUGUGAUAUUCAUGGAUUCUGAUCAGCAACUGUCUCAGCAAUUUAAAAAAAAUCAAACUUUUUAUUUUCAUAUGGACUGUUUGAACUUCUAUACGGGUAUUUGUGCACAACUAUCUGGGUGAAAUGAUCACCUUGGUAUAAUUUGACAUCAAGGUCACUCUCCUUUUGUUGAAAAUUUAAAUGACGGAUACCGGUAAUGGCAAUCCUCUGUUAAUAUUAUAUGUCAUGUAAUGAUGUAAUUUUGCAAGCUUUAAAUGAGCUGAUACUUAUACAAACUAGCAAAACGAACAUAAAAUAUUUUCAAAACGA